ACGUUAUGCAUAGGAGCUUUUUUGCAGCAAGUUGUCAUGUGUAUUUUACAGAAAUAUGACAUUUGUCUCUAGACAUCUCCUCACCCAACCCACUACAACAGGGGUCUGUUUUUCUGCACUUGGCUGACAGGGCAGAGGAAUUUGGGAUAUGUAGUAGAUCAGAGUUCCUUCAACCUCGAGCAGCAUCAAAUUUAGGGUGCUUUGGUGCUAGUUGGCUCCUUUGCUCCUAGCAGACUCCUUUCUUUGAAAGUCUUUGGGACUGACAUGCCCUUUAGAAAAGUAGCACAAACCUGCUUACAAACAGAUGGAAGUUUAGAUGCCAAAUGGGAUUGCUUCAUCAGCUGAUGAGUCAGAGAUCUGGGAGAAGCAAGCAUAAGGUGGGAUCGGCCAACUUUUCACACAAGCAGACCUGUAUGAGGCAAAGGGAUCACAGUCCAUAAAGCUUCUCGACUAGGAUGGAUCUGCAGAGUUUCCUGCUCCUUCUGAUACAGUGCAGAACUUUAACAGCUGCAAAAGGGUACUUUUGGCACAUUACAGACCUGCACCUGGAUCCCCAGUACUCCGCGGUGCCAGACCCCUUGAAGGUAUGCCCAUCUGCUGGCAUCCAGCCAGUGACCAAUGCCGGGGCUUGGGGUAAUUAUCUGUGUGAUGCUCCCUGGAUUCUUGUAAACUCUUCUAUUUAUGCCAUGAAGGAGAUCCUCCCUGUUCCUGACUUCAUUCUCUGGACAGGAGAUGACACGCCUCAUGUGCCUGAUGAGAAACUGGGUGAACAGGCUGUGUUGCAGAUAAUUAAAAACCUCACCAACCUGAUCAGACAUGUCUUUCCAGAUACUCAGGUCUACUCAGCAAUGGGCAACCAUGACUUCCACCCCAAAAAUCAACUGCCAGCUGAGGAACACCAGAUCUAUCGCACAACAGCAGAACUGUGGCGUCCUUGGCUCAGCGAUCAUUCAGUGGAGACCUUUAGAGCAGGCGCUUUUUACAGUCAGUUACUGUCUGGUCCUGGCCCAGCAAGACGAAUGAUUGUCUUGAACACAAACCUGUACUAUGAAAAUAACAAUGAAACCAUCAGCCUAGAGGAUCCAGGAGGCCAGUUCCAGUGGUUGCAAGAUACGCUGACCCAUGCAGCAGAUGCAGGAGAAAAGGUCUAUAUUAUUGGGCAUGUCCCUCCUGGCUUCUUUGAGAAGAAACGAGGGAAGAUGUGGUUCCGAGAACACUUUAACCAAAGAUACACAGAAAUUAUUCAGAAGUAUCACAGUGUAAUUGUGGCACAGUUCUUUGGUCAUCAUCACACAGAUAGUUUUAGAAUGUUCUACAGUAGCACAGGUACUCCUGUCAGUGUCAUGUUUUUAGCUCCAGCUGUAACACCUUGGAAGACAACCUUACCAGGGGUGCAUAAUGGAGCCAACAACCCUGGCAUCCGGGUAUUUACCUAUGAUCCUGAUACCUUGCUAGUGAAGGAUAUGGCUACUCAUUACUUAAACCUCACCAAUGCUAACAUGGUAGCUCCUGAAUGGAAGAAAGAGUAUAGUCUCAAGGAAGCUUUCCAGAUCCCAGACGGUUCUGUUCAGUCUAUGCACCUGUUAUUGGAGAAGCUCAAGAGAAGCCAAGACCACCUCCAGCGGUACUAUCAGUAUAACUCAGUUCAAUAUGACCAGACAUACUGUGAUGACAACUGCCAGACUGAUCACCUCUGUGCCAUCAGUGAAGUUGAUUUUGUCAGAUACAGCCAGUGCAUUCAAGCCCAAAAUGCAGCAGCAUCUCCUUCUGCCUCUAUGCUGGACGUUCUCUUAUUUUACUCCAUGACUAGAUUUCUUACACUAGGCUUGUGGGGCUCCGUGAGCAGAUUGGGGCAUGAGCAAGACCUAGUGGUUUUUGUAUGAGCAUAGACAAAUAAGAAAAUGUGAUAAUUAGCCACAGACACCCCACCACCCACCACCCAGUCGGAUGAAUCUUAGGUUUCUUUGGUCUUUUCUUUUUUAAUGCAACCUCCCCUUGAACAGCAACACAGGAUAUGAUCAGAAUCAUGUAGUGUCACCCUUUUUUGAAGGUAUGGGAUAUUAAAUGGUAUUCUGCCGCUGAAAGGUCAUCAGUGCUCACAAAUUUGUGUAUCUUCUGAUUAUGCCUCAGUAUUAAAAAAGACAGAGACUAUUCUGUUUCAAGUUUUUCUGAUGCUGUUUAUUUUAAUUAGUUUUUUAAAAAGACAGAUUCUAAUGAAAGCAGUGAGAUUGAGGGGAAGUGGACCAUUGGAUCUUAUCUUUCAUAGAAUCAUGGAAUUGGAAGGGGUGUAUAAGGCCAUC